AGGGGAAAACGAUGAGGAGGGGGCGGGAAUUCCCGACUUGAGGCCGGAACCGAGCGGAUGCCUAGUAGUGAGACCCUCGAGAGAUCUGAGAGUCGUUGGAGCCACCACAGCCACCAUGGGGCCCUGGGGAGAGCCAGAGCUCCUGGUGUGGCGCCCCGAGGCAGCAGCCUCAGAGCCCCCAGUGCCUGUGGGCCUGGAGGUGAAGUUGGGGGCCCUGGUACUGCUGCUGGUGCUCACUCUCAUCUGCAGUCUGGUACCCAUCUGCGUGCUGCGCCGGACUGGCGCUAACCCUGAAGCCUCAGCCUCCCGCCAGAAAGCCCUGAGCCUAGUAAGCUGCUUUGCGGGCGGUGUCUUUCUGGCCACGUGUCUCCUGGACCUGCUGCCUGACUACCUGGCUGCCAUAGAUGAGGCCCUAGCAGCCCUGCAUGUGACGCUCCAGUUCCCUCUACAAGAGUUUAUCCUGGCCAUGGGUUUCUUCCUGGUCCUGGUGAUGGAGCAGAUCACUCUGGCUUACAAGGAGCAGUCGGGGCCACCACCUCGAGAGGAGAUGAGGGCUCUGCUGGGAACAACGAAUGGUGGGCUGCAGCACUGGCAUGAUGGAUCAGGGGUCCCACAGGCAGGUGGAGCCCUGGCAGCCCCCUCAGCCCUGCGUGCCUGUGUACUGGUCUUCUCCCUGGCCCUGCAUUCCGUGUUCGAGGGGCUGGCGGUGGGGCUGCAGCGAGACCGGGCUCGGGCCAUGGAGUUGUGCCUGGCUUUGCUUCUCCACAAGGGUAUCCUGGCAGUCAGCUUGUCCCUGCGGCUGCUGCAGAGCCACCUGCGAGCACAAGUGGUGGCUGGCUGUGGAAUCCUCUUCUCAUGCAUGACACCUCUGGGCAUUGGGCUGGGAGCAGCUCUGGCAGAGUCAGCAGGGCCUCUGCACCAGCUGGCCCAGUCUGUGCUGGAGGGCAUGGCGGCUGGCACCUUUCUCUAUAUCACCUUCCUGGAAAUCCUGCCCCAGGAGCUGGCCACUUCUGAGCAGAGAAUCCUCAAGGUCAUUCUGCUCCUAGCAGGCUUUGCUCUGCUCACUGGCCUGCUCUUCAUCCAAGUCUAGGGGCCUCCAAGAGGGCAGGGGAGGUUAGGUUCACGUGCCCUUAACCUUCCUCUCCUCCUCCAGUGUGUGGGAAAUAGGAAGGGAGAUAUUGAGGACCAAAGAGUCCUCUGGGAGGUAGGGGUGGAGCCUUUGGAAUUAUUCAGUUAAUAAGAAGGAUGUGGGCAGACAAGAGCAUGGCUCCCAGGCUCAGGGGGACACAAGAUGGUCAAGUCACUAGAGACAUGAUCAAGGGACAAUAGUAUUAGGGAAGACAUUGAGUGCUAGUAUCAGGGGUCAGACAUUACACAGAGGACAAGCUGCCACUGGAGAGGCUGGAGGUGGGCACUCAGCUGCUGUGGGAGAGGGACAGAGAGGGCAUAGGCCCAGAGUAAGCAGUCCUGUUGGUUCCAGUUCAUUUCAGCCCUCUGUCACUUGGAGUGGACCCUUCCUACUUUUCGUAUCUAUCUUCCCAGUCCCUUCUCCCAGGGGACUAGUGCCAAAUGGCCUCUUUCUGCCAGUUUUGGUACCUUCUCUGGCUUCUCCAGUCCUGCUCCCUCACUCUAUUUUUAAAGUGCCAAAUAAAUCCCCUCCCUCUUUCUCAAAGCACAGUGAUGGCACUGAGCCCUGCCCAGCACCUCAGUGGAGGGGGCCUGCUUGCUCUUUGUUUUGGUCCCAGAUCCCGGGGUGGGGCAGAAAUGUUUGCCAACUUGGGGUGGGGGGAAAGUUUGAAGAGCAACCGCCCCCUACCGCUGCUGCACCCUAGGAAUACUGAACAGGAACGUGGUGCCCCAUGCCCAGAUGAUAAGCACUGAGCUGCCAAAAAAUUUUUUAUACCAGAGGAUCCCAAGGGGGGAGGGGAAGGCUCACCCCCAGGGUUAUUUUUGGGGAGGGAGGGGCUGUGUAUAGGCCAUAUUCUUUAGAAUCUAUUUUACUAACUGACUUGUUUUGGGAUAUAUUACCCAAAUAAAACAUGUUUCUAUACA